AUGCCAAUCUCUCAAAUUCUCACUUUAACUGCUCUUGCCACCGGAGCUGUGGCCCAGCUAAAGUCAUGCUCCAAUAACGGCACCUUGAGCUGCCAGAGCUCAUCCAAAGCUCCUACCUGUUGCUACAACUACCCUGGCGGUGCUCUUCUGCAGACUCAAUUCUGGGACAGUGAUCCAUCCACCGGACCGAGUGAUUCCUGGACCAUUCAUGGUCUAUGGCCUGAUAACUGCGAUGGUACCUACCAGUCAAGCUGCGACUCCUCGCGUGCAUACACCAACAUCUCAGCUAUUCUGAAAGAGCAAAACCGUGAUGAUCUGCUCUCAUACAUGGAUACAUACUGGGUUAAUAAUGACGGCAGUAAUGAGGAGUUUUGGGAGCAUGAGUGGAGCAAGCAUGGUACUUGCAUCAAUACCAUCAACCCGAGUUGCUACAACAACUACACACCACAAGAAGAAGUUGGUGAUUUCUUCCAGAAGGUGGUUGAUCUAUUCAAGGGUUUGGAUACCUACCAGGCUCUCUCUUCUGCUGGUAUCACACCCGAUGACUCGAAAACCUACGAGCUCAGUGACAUCCAAUCGGCUUUGUCAAAGCUUCAUGGGGGCUCGGAGCCGUACGUUGGUUGCGAAGAUGAUUCGCUCGACCAAGUCUAUUACUUCUUUAACGUGGCUGGCAACGCUAUCGAUGGCCACUACGUACCAGCUGAUCCACUUGAGAAAUCCAACUGCCCUAGCAGUGGCAUCAAGUAUUCGCCCAAGAGCAGUAACUAA